AACCGUACUACAGCACUAGUCUGGCUGGAUGUCUGACUCAGCCACGCAGGUUAUUUGGGAAAAUAUUUUAAACGCAUGUUUUAACUAAACAGACCAUAUUAUGCUCCCUCGUUCCUCUUGCGUUGGACUACGUGCAUCUUGUAUUUUGGGCAGUUUGGGGAAGUGCGACAAGGAGUUUUUAAGGUCUUUAUCAAGAAGAUGAACAAGGCUCUUGCUCUGGCAUUUGAUAAGUAGACUGGCAAUGCCCAUGUUAAUAUCUUUCUGACCACACCUGCUAAUGGACUGAGCGUUUACUUCAAUAAAUGUUUCAUUUCUAUAUGUGGACUAGUGCCAGCACUGCAGAAAAGCCCAUCGUCCCGAUUCCAGGUCACUGUGUCCCCAAAUUUGUGCUACCACUGUCCUGCACCCUCAUCCGUCUGUUCAUCCCUCGCUUCAUGGGGCUGGCUUUGUAUUUUCUGACCCUGUUUUUUUAUCUUGCCACAGACUGCUAGAAUUCGUUUCAAAUAAAUUUGUGCUUUUUAUGUAUGGACCAAAUCUAAAACUGCGCAAUAACGGCCUCUGCCCAACACAUGGUACUGUUGGAGUUUUAACCCUUGCAAGAAACCCAGUUGAAUGUCAGUGAGCUCUCAGGAUAUAACCCAAGGACGUUCCAAGUGAGUUAGCACUCAGGAUUUAAACCAAGGACUUAUAUCCAGGUCAGUUUUAAACAAGCAUCAAACACAGAAAAGCCACGGAGCUCAUGUAAAGAACAAAUCAUGAGCUUUGACAGUUUCCAGUACCGUGCACUGUUCGAGUACAAGCAGGAGCCGGGUGACGAUAUCUCCCUGCAGCCUGGAGAUCUCCUCAUGGUCAGUAAGAUGGCACUGCUGACAUCCGAUUACCAGGAGGGUGACGAGAAGUGCCCAAAGGGCUGGCUGCAUGGCACCAAUGAACGCACUAAGGAGAAGGGCAACUUCCCCGGCACCUUUGUGGAGUAUGUUGGGGUCGUGAGGACAGGCCUUACUUCAGGGAAGCCUUGGCCGAGACCUGUACCGCCAACACCUGUAGGGCCCCAGCCCCCAGGAGCCUCUGCUUCAGAAGGCCCCUGUGGAAAGGGAGAUGUUGUGGAGCAGUGCGCUCUGCAUGACCAGACCCCAGCCGUGGUGCUCAGGCUGACUGAGGCUCUAGAGAGACUGGACUGGGAGAAUGAGCCAUUGUACCGGUCUGGCCAAACCUCGACUGGAUCCCCAGAAUUACUGCAGACUUUGGAAACAGACCCAGCAGUAGUGGACUUUGAGCAAUAUGAAUUGUCCACAUUGGCUGAUACACUUAAGAGUUACAUUCAGGACUUGCCCUGCCUGCUCAUACCAGCUGUAGUGUACAGCGAGCUGGUCUACACUGCUCAGGAAACCCAAAACAUGGAGGAAUGCGGACAACAGCUGAAAAGAAUCCUUGACUCUCCUAGUGUCCCUCAGGCUAACCACCAGCUCCUGGUUCAUCUGACCCGACACCUAAGUAAGGUGGCCCAAAGUGGUGGAGCAGCUCAGACAAGCCCCAGACUUCUGGCUCUGGCCUACAGCGAGGCCAUCUUUAAAAACAACCACUUCAGUGCGGAUGUAAACCCAGAACAUCAUGUGAAAAUUCUAGAGGCACUUAUCAUGGUUGGAGGUCUAGUGGAGAUACAACCUGCUCCAGCUCUUCCUCCCAAGCCAACAAAACCCAUGACACCAGUAAAUGGCAACGGUGUGAAAGAAGUCGCCAGCGGCUCAUUGCAAGAAGCAGAAUGGUACUGGGGAGACAUAUCAAGGGAAGAGGUGAACGACAAACUGAGAGACAUGCCUGAUGGUACUUUCCUGGUACGGGACGCCUCGACCAAGAUGCAGGGAGAUUACACGCUAACGCUAAGGAAAGGUGGAAACAAUAAGCUAAUAAAGAUCUAUCAUCGGGAUGGGAAGUACGGAUUCUCAGACCCGCUCACAUUCAGCUCAGUGGUGGAGCUCAUCAGUCACUACAGGCACGAGUCACUGGCCCAGUACAACACCAAACUGGACGUAAAGCUCAUGUAUCCUGUCUCCCGCUACCAGCAGGAUCAGCUGGUGAAAGAGGACAACAUUGAUGCAGUGGGGAGGAAACUCCAGGAAUAUCACAAUCAAUAUCAGGAGAAGAGUAAAGAAUAUGACAGACUCUAUGAGGAGCACACAAAAACCUCACAGGAGAUCCAGAUGAAACGUACUGCAAUAGAGGCCUUCAAUGAGACCAUUAACAUUUUUGAAGAGCAGUGUCACACGCAGGAACGCUACAGUAAAGAAUACAUUGAGCGAUUCCGCAGAGAGGGCAAUGACAAAGAGAUUGAAAGGAUUAUGAUGAACUAUGAGAAGCUCAAAUCCCGUCUUGGCGAGAUUCACGACAGUAAGACCCGGCUUGAACAGGACCUGAAAACACAGGCUCUAGACAACAGGGAGACGGACAAGAAAAUGAACAGCUUGAAGCCAGAUCUUAUUCAGCUCAGAAAGAUUAGAGAUCAGUACCUUGUUUGGCUCAAUCAUAAAGGUGUUCGACAGAAACGAAUAAACGAUUGGCUGGGGAUUAAAAACGAGAACACGGAUGACACCUACUUCGUCAGUGAGGAGGAUGAGAAUCUGCCACACUACGAUGAGAAGAGCUGGUUUGUGGGGGACCUUAACCGAACGCAGGCAGAGGACUUGCUACACGGCAAACCCGAUGGAGCCUUCCUCAUCCGCGAGAGCAGCAAGAAGGGCUGUUACGCCUGCUCUGUUGUUGUGGACGGCGAGGUGAAGCACUGUGUCAUCUACAGCACACCCCGCGGCUACGGUUUCGCUGAGCCCUACAACUUGUACAGCACUCUGAAAGACUUGGUCCUGCAUUACCACCAGACCUCACUGGUCCAGCACAACGACUCGCUCAAUGUGCGGCUGGCGUACCCAGUGUAUGCACAGAUGCCCUCAGGCCCACGGAGAUGAAGACUCGCCCCCCCCCAAAAUUAAACUCUCUAUACUCAUGGAAGCGGGGAACAGUUUCUGAACAAAAAACACAACAACAACAAAAAAAACACUUGCUGUAACACACACGUCAGCCACCUUGGAGUUAUAUAUUUUUACAAGAACAAUUUGGAGGGCAUUCUUUCUAAAGACUGCUUGAUUUGCACAAGGAAGUUUGAAAUGUUUGUGAAUGUGAAAAAAAAAAGAAAAAGAAAAAAAGCAAGCAGGAAGCAGAGGAGGCGAGUUUCAGGUGAUCCGCGCUGCUACCUAAACUCCAGCUGGGACUUUUUACAUGCUCCAUUUUAGAUCAAGCUUUUUUUUCCUGCCUUUUUUUCUCACAUCUUUCUAUUUUUCAUUGAGAUGAUUGUUUUUUUUUUCUUUGUAUUGUCUUUGCAAAAUUCUUAACUAUAUGUAAAGCAGGAAAAUAUUUAGUUUUAGAUGUCUCCAUCUCUCUCUUUGUGUUUAAAAAAGGCAAAAAACUAUGUAGCAAACAGACGACCGACACUUUCCAGAGUGAUCUCACAGUGACUGCUGCUGAACGAGGGGUUGUGGGAUGUUUGGGAGGGCACAAGUGAAAAUGUGUUGUAGUCUUAAAAACAAAAGCUUGUUUUAACACUAACUCUAGAGGGGUGUUUAUUUUUAUUUUUUUUGGCUGGAUCAAAAGUUGUCAUUUCUUAAGCAGUUAAUAUUGUUACAGUUCAGUGCAGAGACCAAAGUUGGCAUGGGGAGGACUUUUUUUUUUUGUAGUUUUUUUUACUUUUUGUGAUAAAAUUGGCCCAUUGAAAUUAUACUUAAUACACCUUGUUUGCAAACUACAUAAAAUAGUUUGGAUCUGUGUCCUGUGAACGGAAGCUUCACUUGUACCUUUUUUUUUUUUUUAAGAACCAAAAUCACAGACACAGACACAGUUGACAAAGCACUUAGAAAUGACAAGCCCCAAAUUUGAAAGAACAACAACUCAUGAUCUAACUAAUGUGACCCCUUAAUGCUUAAUUGGAUUUGUGUACCUGUCAAACAUAUGUUAAAAAAAAAGUUCUUCAGCAAGCGGGAGCAGUGUCAGAGCAGAUGUGCUUUAGUACGUAACUUGAAAAAAAAAAAAAGUGCAAUCCAGCUUUUGAUGGUAGUGAAGUGGUCUGUCAGAAAGAGAAACAAACUGCUCUGUGGCAUCAAAAAGCGAUAAUCACUUGAACCUUUUGAAGAAUUUCCUUUAAAAAAAGCAUCUUUAUUGCUUAGUGCUUCUCUUUUUAGCAGGUUGACUCAUUCUGUAUCAGAAAAGAGAAAAUACACUUUUCAUUGUUUGGCUGCCUGUUGGUUUUAAUGUCGCACAAUAAAACCUUGAUGAAAAGAUAUUCAAAGCUUUAUGCACAAUAUUCACUGUCAGUACCUCAGUUAUAUCACUUCCUGUUUUUUGUUGGGCUUCUGGCAUGCAGGUGUCCAGUUGAGUAAGUUCAAUUGUUUUUUUUGUUUUUUUUAUCCUCAGUUUUCCCCUUUUUACAAUUUGGUCAUAUGUUGAAAGAGCUACAGCAGACUGAUACAGUUUUACAGGCCAUUAACCAGCACAGACCGCCCUCACCUACCACUGCAACUACCCAACUCACUCAAUGCACAGCAUGCUGCAUUAGAAAGCAGCAUAUAGUGAAUUCAACAGAAAACUUAAUGACAUUAUUUGUCAAAACACUCUAAUGGCAAUUCCUAACUAUUUUAUGUUUUGGCAAAUUGGUGACGAAUUUGAACAAUUGUUCCUUUUUGUACGAUCUGCUUAUACCUCAUUUACAAUUAAUUAGGUUUGGGUUGGAACUUCAUCCUUUUUUCUAAAAAUUAUAAGUUUUCAAAUGAAGCAACAUGUAACAUUUCAUACAAAAUCGGCAAAUCAUAAAAUAGUUGUGGUUUCUCAUGAGACUGUUAUUAGUUUCUGAAGUGAUCUCUGUUAUUUGAGACGGAAAACUUUAGUUGGAGUCUUUUGUUGGAUGGUUGGUGGGUUAGUUUGGUGAUGAUGGGAACCAGACAGAGUAUUCAGUCAGAUCAGCUGUUGAGAUGAACUUACAACCUGGAGUCCUAAUGAAAACCACAUGCAGACAGGGCAACUGAUGGAGGUUUUUCCCAUCCACUAUUCAUUUCAGUUGCUCUUUCGUUUGCCAUUGCAAAUACUGCGGUUUGAUUGGGUGUUACUGGCAGAACUCCGUGUUCUUGUCUUGUCUGAUCAAGCAUCGCUGUGGCAUGACCUGAACUCGUUCGCAAUUUAGAACAUGCUAGCUUCAGCAGAUCAGCUGCUUGAUUUUAGUUCUGUGUAUGCCACCGUUCACGAUUACGUCUUUGCAGCCUUGGUGUUGCCAUCUUUUAUGUGGAAAGUUUUUGGUUACUAUGUUCUAUAGCAUAGGUCCAGCUUUAUAUUCAUUUUAUUCUAUCCUCUCAAUGUUUUGAGUUUCGGAUUAAUAUUUUUUGUUUUUUGAAGCUGGGCCCCAGAUGGGCCCCCUGUCUAUUACUUGAACUCUUGCAUCACUCACCGUUGAAUGUCUUUAAUACAUAGCUGCAUUUAUUAAAACACAGGAAUUCCCUUUUAUGGCAUGAGUGGAUUGAGUAUAAACUUGUUUAUUCUUAAGACUGGAACUCAACUUGUGUGUACUGUUGAAAGUAAAGGGGCUUAUUUGUUCACAGAGCUCAAAAAUGAUUAUUGGAGUCCAGUAUAGCACACAUAUUUGAAGAGUUUUAGAGUCCUUUAUUAGACUGGUCACAAAGUUAUUUUGUGUUAAACAAUUCAGGCCAUGUUCGUACAUGAUGAUAUUGAUUUAAUUGUUUUGAAAAAAAAAAAUUUUUUUUACUUUUUUUGUUAUGAUUAUUAGCAUUUUGCUAGGCAUCGAGACCAAAGAUUUAAGUUUGGUUCAUUUUAUUUUCUCAAUGUUGUGUCUUAGUUUUUGGGUUGCUAUCGAUAGCCCCUCACUUGUCUGGCAAAAUAAUGUCUUUAUUACUGUUCACAUAUUGAAGGGUUCACUGUGGAUUGACUGGGGGUCCAUUUUCUGCCAUUUAAAAAAAAA